AUGCUGCGCGACGUCGCGGCGACGCAAAACGGCGCAGCAGCAGUCGCCUUUGCUGCUGCUGCUCCUCCUGCUGCUGCUGCAGCAACGCGUUUCGCGGCGUCUCGUGGGAGUGUGGAAGAUCGGCGCGUAAACACAAACGUAAACGUAAACGUAGACGGGAAUCGCCUUGUGAGCGCACGCGUCGACUCUCUCCCCUCCGUAGGCGUAGCAUCUCUCCCGUCCGUCGAUUCUGACGAGGAUUUUCUCGAAGCUCUUUGCAGAGCGGCAGCAGUGCAGCGACGCGGGUCGCCUCUGGGCCCUUCCUUGAGUCGUCUGGCGGCGGCCGACGCAGGGGUGGCUUGCCGCCCAGAUGCGGGAGUAGAUUGCCGCCCAGAUAUUGGGUUAGAUUGCCGCCCAGGUUCGAGGGUAGAUUGCAGCCCGUCAGUGGAUUCCGACGAAGAUUUUUUGGAGGCGCUUUUUAAUGCCGGCUCCGCCACCGCCGCCGCCGCCUCUGCCACUGCCGCUGCCGCUGCCGCUGCCGCUGGAGGCGCGACGACGCAGCAGCAGCGCGUCGGUCCUUCGCGCUUGGCCGUGAUAUUGUCGCAGCAGACGCAGCAGCAGCAGCAGCAGCAGCAGCAGCAGCAGCAGCAGCAGCAGCAGCAGCAGCAGCAGCAGCAGUCACCGCAGCAGGCGCAGCAGCAGCAGAAGCAGUCACAGGGUUCGCAGGCGGGUCAAAAAGCGCAGGAUACGCAAAGAACGCAGGAGGCGCAGCGGGUAAAGCAGUCUCUAGACGUGUUGGCGCGACUCAAGGCGGACUCGCGCCCCUCAGUCGACUCAGACGACGAUUUCGUGGAGGUGUUUGGGCAUACCGUGUGGGAGCGGCAGGAGGGGGCGGGCGCGUUGACUAGGGUCAACGACGAGGCGGACAGGUACGGGCACAGGACGGAGGCGAGUGCGUUGACUAGGGUCAACGAUGAGUUGGAUAUUGACGGGCACAGGACGGAGGCGGAUAGGAUAAAAAUGGAGGCGGAUAGGCACAGGGCGGAAGCAGCAAGGGCAGCAGCGCAGCUGCAGCGGCUGCUGGAGGGGUCGCAGCAGCGGCGGCGGUUCUCCUCUCUGCACCACCGGUCGCUUUCCUCUCUAGUCAACGGGGUCAACGCGGUCAACGCGGUAAGCGGGGUCAGCGCGGUCAGCAAGAUCGAGGCGGUCAGUGGGGUGAAUGGGGUCAACGGAAUCAAUGGAGUGUGCGAGGCAGACGGAGAUGGGGCAGCAGAGCUGCAGUCACAGCAGCAGCAGCAGCAGCAGCAGAGGCAGAGGCACCAUGCGAUGCACCAUAGGUCGCGUUCGUACACGUCAAACGCGGUCAACUCGGUCAAUGGGGUCAACGGGGUGUGUGAGGAAGAGGGAGAUGGGGCAGCAGAGUUGCAGCAGCAGCAGCAGCAGCAGCAGCAGCAACGGAGGUCCUUUGCGUUGCACCAUAGAUCUCGUUCGUACACGUCAAACGCGGUCAACGCUGUCAACGGGGUCAACGGGGUGUAUGAGAUGCAACAUCAUCAGGUGAGAGGAGAGCUACAGCCGCAGCAGCAGCAGGAGCAGCAGCAGCAGCAACAGCAGGCGAAGACACAGCAGCAGCAGCAGAUGCAGCAGCAGCUGCAGCAACAGCAGGCGAAGACACAGCAGCAGCAGCAGAUGCAGCAGCAGAAGAAGACAGAGCAGCAGCAGCAGCAGCAGCAGCAGAAGCAUCAGCGGCUUUCCAUAUUGCACCACCGCUCACGUUCAGCUGUGAAUGCAGUCAACGGAGUCAACGCAGUCAACCUAGUCAACGCUGUGAGUGUAGCAUUCGAGGGGUUUCCACAUGGGGAAAGGGAGCCAGAGCUGGACCAGCAGCAGCAGCAGCAUCAGCAGCAGCAGCAGCAGCAGCAGCAGCUGUACCAGAGGCAGUCCGCGUUGCACCAGCGCUCCCGUUCAGCUGUGAACGCGUCUGCCUUAGGCUUGGCUUCUGCAGGUUCGGCAUCCACAGGCUCGGCAGCCACAGGUUCGGCGUCUUCAGGUUCGGCAAGCGUGCAUCCGUCCUCUGCAGUCACUAGAGGGCGCCCUUCAGCAGGUUCCUCCUCCUCACCCUCCCUCCUUCCAUCACUCUCUCCCUCACACUCACCCUCACUCUCCCCAACCAUCUCCCCCUCUCAAUCCAUCGUCUCACCCUCCCAAUCCAUCGUCUCGCUGUCCCAGUCACAGCCAAACGGCAUCUCCCCAUCACACUCUGUCGUCUCCCCCUCCCAAUCCGUCAUCUCCCUGUCCCAGUCACAGCUACAUGGCGUCUCUCCCUCACACUCCGUUGCUUCCCCCUCACAAUCCGUCGCCUCCCGCUCACACUCACUCUCCCCCUCGCAUUCCAUAGCAUCCCCUUCACAAUCACACUCACUCUCCCCCUCCCAAUCCGCCGCGUCAUCCCCACGCGAACCUGCAUAUUCCUUCUCCGCUUUCCCCCCUUCCCCAAGGGGACGUGCUUUUCCCCCCGGUCUCCCCCCUUCCCCACGGGGACUCGCGGUCCCCCCCGCGUUUCCCCCUUCCCCACGCGGAACUGCCCGCAUUCCCCAUGCCUUCAGCAGCACCAUAUCCUCCCCCCACGCCAAUUCCUUCCGCGCUUCCCCUUCCUCCCCCCGAGCCAAUUCCUUCCGCGCUGCCCCUUCCUCCCCCCGCGGAGCUGCAUUUCCGCCCACCGCUGCCUUCCCCCCUUCCCCCCGCGGAAUCUCUGCCCACCAGACUCCAUCCGCGUUAUCUAUCACACAUCGCGCUUUGUUUGAUGCUAGCCAUGCCUCUGCUGCUGCUGCUGCUGCUGCUGCUGCUGCUGCUGCUGCUGCUGCUGCUGCUCCUCCUCCUCCUCCUCCUGCUGCUGCUCCUCCUGCUGCUUCCGCUUCUGCUCCUCCUGCUCCCCCUCCUCCUCAUCCUGCUGCUGUUGCUGCCGCUGCUGCUGACAGGCCAGCUCCAUACGCGUUAAUAACACACCCGCCUGCGUUAGUAGGCCCGUCAGCCGUGUCAUCGGCCAGGAUACGCUUUCCUAGGGAGCUUACUUUCACCGGUGUUACCACGCUCACAGUCCACAACACAUCGGCCAAGCAUCUCCCAGGAGUCCCAGAUCCUCGUUAUAAGCUCAAACGGGCAGUUUCAGAUAAGAUCGCGUCGCGGGUCUCCCUCCCAAUCCCCCCCGUUGUCAUGGCCCCUCUCUCUCGCCCCGUCUCACACUCGCUCUUUAUCAGACCUACCCUCCAAGUCCUUACCUUCACUCACUGGCGUUUCUCUUACUUCUCCCUCCCAGUCCCUACCUCAAUCAACCCCGCCCUCCAAUACCCUUCCUCCUCCCACCAACCAAUCUCCCCCUAG